AUGGGUGGUUUCCCCAUCACAAGCACUUCUCCUCCGCAAAGCGAUACCUCAGCAGUGGUGGAACAGUUUCUAUCCAAAAUACUAGAGACCCUCGAUGGAAGUAUCCCAAACCCUCAAUCCAUCACACAGAUUUUACCACAGCUCCAUCAGCAUCCUCGAAUAAUUAUAGAUGGGAACCCGUUUGGCUCAAAGGAACAGUUCCAACAACUUUGGGCAACUUUACCACUAUCCACCCAUCAAGUGGCAAGCUGUGACGUACACUUCAUACCUUCGAGCGAUGGGCAACAGGUUAAUCCUAAUCAAGGCCAGUUCAUCGUUUUGGCGCACUUAAAAGUACGGUUUGACGAGUCAGGAAGAAACAGAGUGGGUGAAACUGCCCUAUUCAAUUCCGCACCCACCUCCAGCACUAGAGCCAUAUGGAGCCAUUGGUUCGGAGUAUCACUAAGUUUCGUGGUCGAUUCAACAAUAUCUAACAAUUUUAAUACAGAAUCCAUCAGUACUUGGGAUUACAGGUUUACUGAAAGCCCAGUAAACUCCAUCUUCCAAGUGAAUUGA